AUGGAUAAGAGGAAGAGGCUGAAGCACACAGUGAACAAAGCAAAAGAGGAAUCCACCAUGGAGAAGAAGAUGAAUGACAAGAGCAAGAGCAUUCACGACUUCCUCCCUCUUGACCUGAUUCACAUAAUCCUACUGCGGGUGCCGAUCAGACAUCUCGCUCGCCUCAGGUGCGUUUCCAAGCUCUGGUGCUCUCUAAUUUCCGAUCCAGACUUUGCGGAAUCUCAUCUUCACCUCUCUCUCGCACCGACCCAUGGAUGCCUGGUUCGGCUAGAUGACUCCACGGAAGCUUACCUUGUUCACCUAGAAGAAGUAUUUAAUGGCGACAAUUACCAACUGAUGAAAGAGGUAUCUUUCCCUUUCAAGAAGAAGCCACCUUCUGAGUUCUGUGUAAUGGGAUCCUGCAGAGGGUUUGUUCUCUUAAGCCGAGAGCCAUAUUUUUUUGUGGUAUGGAACCCAGUCACCGGAUUCAGAAAAAGAAUAUCUUGUAUGUUUCAUCGUAGUAAGCUCAGGUGCUUAAAGUUUCCCCGUGAUGCGCUUCUGUAUGGAUUUGGUUAUGAUGCGUCACGGGAUGACUACUUAAUUGUUGUAGCUUCGGAGGAUGGUGGCUGCCAACACUUAGAUUGCUUGUCCUUGAGAACCAAUUCAUGGAUUAGUCUUGAUGCUGCACUCCCCAAACCAUUGGGUUUUAUGAAGCGGCGACCUCGUGGGUUGUUCUUGAAUGGCUCUAUUCAUUGGUUGUGUUACUCUCAUAAAAAACAUUACAGUGAAAGUAUUCUUACAUUUGAUUUGAAGGAAAGAAGUUUCUCAAAGAUAUCUUUGCCCGAGCAACUCAGAAUGCAUGGUCGUAUCCCUGCCACAAUUGUCACACUAGGAGGGUACCUAGCCUUGUGUUAUCAGGACUUUGUUGUUGAACGUAAAACACACAUAUGGGUGAUGAAAGAAUACAAAGUGAACUCAUCUUGGAUUUUGUAUGAGAUUCCUUGUUUAGAAUUUGAGCCUCUAUGCUUAUCCAAUGGUAGUGACAUUAUUGCACUAGAUCCUACUACUCCGGUAUCUGAACCAUUAAAGUUUGCCAAAUAUAAUAUUAGAGAAGAGCUGCUCCAAUAUUUUACAUGUCCUCCUCAUCUUGGACAAGAAAGAUACUUCUUUCCAAGUUGCACUGUAUAUACAGAGAGUCUCUUGUUACUCCCUAAUGAUAUAGAGUAA